UCCCCAUAUCAUGCAGAAGUUUCGCGUGCAAUUUUGAGUACAUUUAUCUAGAUGUAGGAAAGUUGGGACACACCCUUUGAGAGUCCCUGAAAUUUACAUUCAAUAUUUACUUGUUUAUACAGUUUUAGUGAAAAAGUGUGGCACGCCUUAUUUCAAAUCAUGGAUUCUCGCUUUAUAAUCAUCGCACUUCUUCUAGUCAAGAUCGGAAGCACGCAGGAAUUAUUAACAAUUGGCGACGAGGAAUUGGGUAUUGUCGAUGAUCUCGAUGUUUUGUCUCAAAAGUGCGAAAGCAUCGUUACUGACAAAACGGAAGGAGUGAUUACGAGUCCCAGUUUUCCAGAUACAUACCCGCCUAUCUCAAGAUGUAACUUUACUAUAAUAGCGCCGGCGGGUCAUGUGAUCGAGUAUGAAAGCACAUUUAUGAAUGUAGAGGAGCAGGAUCCAUCGUCGGCUUUGUGUGUUUAUGACUACGUUAGAGUAUACGAUGGGGAUGACGUUUCAAACACAUACUGUGGCCAACAAUCAAUAUAUCCAAACGUUACAACUUCACCAAUUUUAACUAUAUGGUUUGUGUCUGACUACACAACUGAAUUGGAAGGUUUUAAAAUAGAAUGGAAAAUAGUAAAUCCGGAAGAUCGAGAUAUUACGCUAAACUGUAAUUUUGAUGACGGCAUUCCACUUUGUGCAGGAUGGACAAACGAAAACAAGGAGUAUAAAUGGUUAUUUACUAGAGGGCACACUCCGUCUGCCAAUACUGGUCCAAUAGCCGAUCAUACGACGGAAGGCUCAGGUGGUAGAUUUGCGUUCAUUGAAGCUUCAAAAGUCGAUGAAGAUUCUACAGCGAUAUUACAAUCUCCUGCUAUUAUAUCGAAAGGGAUCCAAGACAAAAGAUGUUUAAGAUUUUGGUAUCAUAUGUUUGGAGAAGGAGGAAUGGGUUCUUUGUCUGUUUACAUCAAAGAUGGUGAAGGCAAUCCGACGCUAUUGGCAAGUUUUUCCGGAGAUAAAGGAGACAUGUGGUUCGAAGGAGAAUAUACCAUUACACUGGAAUCGCUAAUGAGCUGGAUCACAUUUGAAGGUAAGCGUGGUUCAAAUUAUAAGUCUGAUAUGGCUAUUGAUGAUAUCAGCAUAACGGAAGGAGACUGUAAUCAACCACAAAGAACACUUGAAGUCGACAACCAACCACCGAUUUCUUUGACGCCUACACUAGAAGGAGGUUCACUGAUUCCAAGCGAUUGCCCAACCAACAUGGAGCAAGGCAGCUGUGGCGAUGGGUGCGUUCUAUCUUGCGACAACCUAGAUGAGUUAGGUGUAAGCAUUUUCUGCGCGCGAGCUUGCUUCGGUGAUUGCGCAUGCCCUGUUGAACUACCAAUUUUCAAAGAUGGAAGUUGCGUCUCGGUACAAGAUUGCACUUCGGAAAGCAACUCAACUGUAGGCCUAACUUCUACAACAGAACAAACAACACCAGGUUUGGUUGAAAGUACAACGAAUCCUGUAGAAAUGACAGCAAUGGUUAAAGACGCAAAACAUAAGAAAAAAGAAGAGAUACAUGAUCAUAUUGUCAGAAACGUACUUGAUGCAAUUGUUAUUGCAUUAUCUGAAUCCAAAAAGAAUUAAAUUUUAUGAUAUCUGUUUAGACGAGUUUAAGUUUUGCUGGGUUAUUAAAGUGUCGUUCAUGAUCAUUAAAGAUGUUUAUUCAUA